AUGAAAGAUAGUAGUAUCAUGUACGACACGGACAACCACGUUCUGUGCGAAUACACUGCAAGACCUGGGUGGUUCGACCUCGAAGAUAUAGACGAGCGAGGCCUGCCUACCCGGUUCAUACGCCACAAUGCUGCCGGCAAAUGGAAGUUCUGGACUCAUGGUCAUGAUUUUACUGCUGGCGCUAUGCGGAGCUACGUGACAUCUUCUGGUACCUGCUCACUUGACCUAGGAGUUCCCACGUUUGCACGGCAUGAAAACAUCAUGUUACGCGAAGCUUACCGUGGUAUGCCACCACGGCCGGACCUCCCCAUAGAGCGGCUAUGGGAGCGGUAUCAACAUUUGGUCCUUCGUCAGGACCGCGAUGACUCUGCUAUCAAGGCACUCUUAAAGAAUCUGUCCGAGGAAGACUUCCAGAUCAACGAUAGUGUCGACAAGUUUCUGAUGGAGAAGCAUACCGAGAUGGCGUGCGAUUUGAAGGGCAAGCGAGACCUCCUCACAGGGAAUGUCGCACGCCUGGUGACCGUCGAACAUGACGAUAUCGUCGCCGCCUUGGUUCGUGGGAAGAGCUAUGCUAAGACUAUUGUCAUGGGCCAUCCGAAUCCUGAUGCAGAUUCCAUCGUGAGCGCUGUAUCUGAGGCUGCACGGCGUACGCUGCUCGACCCCGACCAACCUUGCAUGCCGUAUGCUGAGUCGAUGCCUCCGGAAGUUGCCCACAUCUUGGGAUCUGAGCUUGCAGACAUCGUUGUCGCCUCGGCCUUCAAUGCGGACAACGAAGUGGUGCUGGUUGACUGUCAAAGCUCACCUGAUCUCAGAAGAAACCUGGUGAAAGCUGUCGUUAACCACCAUCCUGUCACCACGGAGUUCCCAUACUACGUAGCGCGCAGCUCUGAGGUCUCAUGGUCCACGACCUUACAAGUGUAUUUUAAGUACCUGGGCUCCGGCUUCGAUCUCGGACCAUUGGCUGCUAAAGUGCUCGCUGAGGCAACGAUAGUAGAGGCCGAGCCCGAGCUCAUGGAGACGAUGAGCACGACCGACAAUUUGGCCAUGACCGCCUGA